UAUUUUAUUAAUGAUUAAUGAACAGAUAUUGAAAGUCAAACAGACGGACUCAAUAAACCGGGUAUAGUAUACGUUAGCAACACAGUUUAAUAAAUGAGGAUCAGAUAACUAAUUCUACACAAUGUGUCGCUGGGGCUGUUCUUUGACUAACACGACCUAUAUGUGUAAAUGGUGUGGUACACGCUACUGUAAAGAAUGUUUGAAAGGAGAGUUUCAAGGAGAAAUGAAAGAGGCAACAAAAUGCAGAAUUUGCAAUCAGACAAGAUGCCAAGGUCAGAGGAUAGAGUAUGUCCCACGAACAAAUAAACCUGACGAAGAGGACGGGAAAAAUAAACGUGGGGCUCCAUCCAGAGCAAGGAGUGCAAAAUCUGCAAAAAGUGUAAAGGGCAAGAAAGGAAGUGCAAAGAAGAAGAAAAAGAAAUAAAACUUUGUAAAUUAUUAUUUAUAGGUGCCGCUGCAAUUAACCCAUAUUUGUUAUAGACCUGCAAGUUUCGAAGAACUGUUAAAGAUUGACCAUGAUAUUUGUAUUUAAAUCUGCAUUAUUAGUGCCUUGUUACAAUAAAUAUAAAACAAUAA